UAUUUUUUACAGCAGUCAGGUCAGAUUUUCUGUGUGCAGUUAAACAGAGGGGAGGGAGGAGUGAGUGUUUUUUCUCUCUCUCUCCUGUUCUUCUGGUUUUUUCAUUUCAUUAUCGCAACACUCUCAUGGUUACCCUGCAGGAGAGCUGGUCGUAAAGAGAGGGCCGGUACACAUAGGGGGGAAAGGGAGUGGCAGAGGAACACAUUGAACCGGAUCACAAUCAAAGAGAGUGAGUGAAAGAGAGUGAGAUACAGUGUCUAAAACAGCAGAGAAAGGGUGAUCUCUCUACCUUCUCCUUCACUGAAGAUAGAGAGACAGGGAAGAUACAGAGGCAGGCUGAUCCUAACCAGUGACGUGCUGCUGUCAGUAUCUCUGGCCUGGACCUCCUUGGGAUCAUCUUUAAUUCACCAACUGUGGGAAUUAUGUCCAGUUUCAUGUACUACCUCCUCCCUGCAGUAGGGGGCUACACGCUCGCAUCCCUCUACCUGCUGAAGAACCCCUACAUUCUGCACAAGAAGAAGCAGGCUGCCUUCUAUUGUACCCACAUCUCACACAGAGGAGGCUCUGGCGAGAGAAUUGAAAGUACCAUGGAGGCGUUUACACAUGCGGUGGAGGUGGGCACAGAGAUGCUCGAAUUGGACUGUCACAUGACUCGAGAUGGUCACUUGAUUGUAUCGCAUGAUGACAACCUCCUGCGGCAGACGGGGCAUGAUGUCAGCAUCUCCUCUAUUAAUUUUGAGGAGCUGCCACUGUAUAAAGAAAGACUUGAGGUCACCUUCUAUGCAGGUCACUACGGCACAGGUUCAGACCGAAAAUUUGCCCUGUUGGAGGACGUCUUUCGCACAUUUCCCAAGAUUCCUGUCAACAUCGAAGUGAAGGAGAAGAACAGAGAGCUGAUUGAAAAGGUUUCUGCUCUGGUGAAGAAGUAUGACCGGGAGGACAUCACAGUCUGGGCAUCAGUGAAAUCUGACAUAAUGAAGGAGUGUCGCAAAGUGAACUCCUCCAUGCCGUACAUGUUCACAGAAACGCGUGGGCUGCAGCUGCUGCUGCUCUAUUACACAGGCCUUCUGCCUUUUGUCCCGCUGGGAGAGAGCUUCUUGCAGUACUACCUGCCUCAGGUCAUCAACAGGACAUACAUACCUGAUUCUGCUAUUCUGAGGAACAGAAUGGUCAUCUCACUAAUUGAAAAACUGACUUUGAGGAAAGGCUUGUUUCAGCAUCUUAAAGACAGAGGAAUUCAGAUUCAUCUGUUUGUGUGUAACGAAGAGCAGGACAUUGAGGCUGCAUUUGCAGCGGGAGCAACAGGAGUCAUGACUGACUACCCCGCUCUGCUAUCGAACUACCUUAGAAGGCAUAAGCAGAAACAUGAAUAACAUGAUGUACUACAUGCUUACAUAAACGCACAUUGUAUGUGACUAGUGACCAUUCCAUGUAUUAUAUACUCUUUACAUAUACACAUACUGUAAAAUUAUAAAAUUAUGUAACCUUUCUGUACGCAUGGAUUUGAUCAGGAGUUCUUAAUGUAGCCACAAAGCUCUGGAGAUUCUAUCAAAUGAUGUAAAAAACUUAUUAUUAACUGUAAUUAUAAUGAUUCUAUGAUCUGUUUUCUGCCAUGUUGCUUGGUUUGAUUAGUUCAGUAAUGCAAUUCUUGAUUAUUUUGGGCAUCAUUGUAGAAUGCAAAUUUUUAAAAGGCCCAUAUCAGAGAAAAUCAAAGUUCCCUCACCUUUUCUGAAAUAGAAGAGUUUGAGGUAGCAGUGCAAACAAUGCUAAAGCUUUAUCACACAAUAUUCACUACCCAGUCCAUAUAGUCGUGUGCAAGAGUUUGGGUACCCCUUGUCAAAUUACAUGUUUUUUUUUUUGUUUUUUUUUUAAG